UUUUUCCCAUCAGUGGAAAAGCACCACACAGAAAAGCAGAGGUGGGGUUCUCUGACUGUAAAAGACCUCUCUGUCCGGACUUUGGCUCGCAGCCAGGCAGCGGCACCAGAGACGUGUCAGACCAGGUAUACCAGAGAGACUCUACACUGAGCUUCAAAUACUUGAACUGAGAGUCUUGUGACUCCUGAAUGACACGUUGUAGAUGUAAGAGUUGUAAACCACUAAAAUAUACAGCCUCUUCUGAGAUUCACACAAGGACUUUAAGCCGAGUCUUGAAGAUAGAAGCUGGACUUUGAAUCAAGAGUUUUCAUAUAAAGUACAGGAGAGGGGAAAGGAGGUUAUUUUACCCGACAGAGAGAGGAAGAGAGAACGAGGCCAUGGCCAUGUGGAGGACCGCGGGAGCUCUGCUGCUGAUACUACAAGCUGUGUUCGGCCAGAGCAACAUCAGAUGGUGCACCAUCUCCGAGGCAGAGCAGAGGAAAUGUCAGGCCAUGUCGCAGUCUUUCGCCAAAGUCUCCAUCCGUCCGUCCCUCAGCUGUGUCAGCGGAUUGACAGUCGAGGGCUGCGUUCAGAAACUACAGAACAAACAAGCAGAUGCCUUGUCCAUGUUCGGCACUGACAUCUACAGACUGGGAAAGACCGCUUCCUUCAAGAUAGCUGCCGGUGAAUCAAAGCCUGAUCGUAGCGGUGCCUCCUACUACGCAGUUGCUGUUGUGAAGAAAGCAAAUUCUGGCAUCAACAUCAACAACUUGGCAGGAAAAAAGAGCUGCCACACCGGGAAAGGCCGAACAGCCGGCUGGAAUAUGCCUUUAGGAUACUUCAUAGACCAGGGCUACAUGUCGGUGGUGGGCUGCAAAAUCCCAGAGGGUGUGGCCCAUUUCUUCAAUGCCAGCUGUAUCCCCGGAGCAAACGAAGCUGGUGACCCCGCGUCUCUGUGUCAGCUGUGCGCAGGAGAUGAUGGCGGACUGCACAAAUGUGAGAAGAGCAACAAAGAGAGAUACUACAGCUACGAAGGAGCUUUCAGGUGUAUGGCUCUAGGUCCAGGAGAGGUGGCCUUCAUCAAACACACAACUGUCGAGGAGAACACUGAUGGUCGUGGUCCAACCUGGGCAGUCCCACUGAAGUCAUCAGACUAUGAGCUGUUGUGUCGUGACGGCACCAGAGCUCCUGUCUCUCAGUGGAAAACGUGCCAUCUGGUUCGCGUCCCAUUUCGUGGGAUUGUAGUCGGCAAUGACGUCACUCCGUCUGUGGUGUCCAACAUGCUGUUGGAGGGCCUGGAAAAGUCGGGCUUCCCCAUGUUUUCAUCUACGGAGUAUGGAGGAGGAACUGUACUCUUCUCUGAGUCAUCCACCUUGUUUCUGGGGGCCGAGUCAGACGACCCCGCAAAGUGGAUGGGUCGCUUCUAUAAUAAUGCCCUGAGAGCCAUGGACUGUAAACCUGAAGCUGUCCUUCGGUGGUGUGUGUUGACCAGCGGUGAGCAGCAGAAGUGUGCUGACAUGGGCACGGCCUUCAAAAGUAAAGGUCUGACUCCAGACAUCCAGUGUGUUUACGGGGACUCUGUGACUGACUGCAUGAAGAGAAUCAAGAACAACGAGGCUGAUGCCGUCACUCUGGAUGGAGGUUACAUCUACACAGCAGGCAAAGAGUACGGCUUGGUACCUGCCACCGGCGAGAGCUACACAGAGGACCGUGAUGGUUCCAUGUACUAUGCAGUCGCGGUGGUGAAAAAGAGUAGCGUUGACAUCCGUAACCUUGACAACCUGCGUGGCCUUCGCUCCUGUCACACCGGAUAUGGUCGUACGGCUGGCUGGAACGUUCCCGUAGCAACGCUGAUGGACAGAGGCCUGAUCACCCCUCAGCACUGUCAGAUACCCCAAGCGGUGGGAGGGUUCUUCAAGCAGAGCUGCGUGCCAGGUGCCAACCAGCCUGGUUUCCCCGGCAACCUGUGUGGUCUGUGUGUGGGCGACAGCUCAGGAAAGAACAAAUGUGAGAAGGGAAAAGACCUGUAUGAUGGAUACAACGGUGCCUUCAGGUGUCUGGCAAAAGGAGAUGGAGAUGUGGCUUUCGUCAAGCAUUCUACUGUCUUCCAAAACACCGAUGGUAACUCUGGUGAAUCGUGGGCAGUGGAUCUCCUGUCUACAGACUUCCAGCUGCUCUGCGCUCAGGACACUAAAGCCGAGGUCUCCCAGUACAGACACUGUAACCUGGCCAGAGUCCCCUCCCACGCUGUAAUGGUACGGCCCGACACCAACAUCCACGCUGUCUAUGGACUCCUAGACCGCGCACAGACAUAUUUCGGCAGCGACACGGGUACUGGUUUCAAGAUGUUUGACUCGACGGCCUACGAGGGCACAGAUCUCGUCUUCAAAGACUCCACUGUUCGUGUCGUGGGCGUUGCUGACAGAAAGACCUACCAGGAUUGGCUGGGCCAGGGCUACAUGGACUCACUGGUUGACUUGGAGUGUAACUCAUCAAGUGCAGUGAUGUCGUCUGUAUGGCUGCUGCUGGCGGCCCUGUUCAGCUUCAUGCUGACCAACCUCUGGAUGUAAUGUGACACAGACGUCCAGCCUCCUCUCCUACUCCCUUCCUCCCCCACUUUCUCUGUUCCUCAUCCCUCACCUCUUUAUAUUUCCUGUAUCCCUUCCUGUAUCCCUUCCUGUGUCUUCACCCUCUCCACGUCUGGCUCCUCAGUCCAGUUUAUCCCUUCUAUCCCUGAAUCUGUGUUUUUAUCUUAAAAUUACAAUCAUUUCUACCUGACUGUGUGUUAUUUUAAUAUAGGAUGGCACGUUGGAGCUGCCUUUUGGAUUUAAAUAGUGCUGGUGUUGAAAUGAAGCACACUGUCUCCUGUUUUUGUGGCAGAUAAGCGAGAUUAGCUGCCAAAGCACUUUGGGCUCGUGUGAAUCAGACAUGAGGAGAGAAGGUGUUGCUGCCACUUUGUUUACUGAAGGUGAGCUGCCAUAUCAGUGUGUAUGCUGCCACCUGUUACAUUCCUUAGUGGGUUGGGCAUGCCUGUCUCUCCAAAGCUAGUUUUACAAAGAACAGACAAUCUGAUUUUUAACUUCACAUGAGCCACAGAUAAUGUUGGUUUACCACAGAGUCCCUAAUAAGAUCUAGGUCACUUUACCGUCUAUGUUAAGUGUACGUUUUGAGAUCGGUGACCAGGCCAUCUUGUCUUUUAAAUAAGAGUUUGACAUUUUGGGAAAUGCUCUUAUUGACAUUUUUACAGAGAAGAGAUUAUCGAUCUGUCUCUCAUGUCUGCGCUAAUUAUGGAGCUAGAGCGAGGGGUUAAUUAGUUUAGCUUAGUUUGACCUUAAAGCUUAUUGAUUUUAACCUGCUGUAACUGACCCCAGAUCAGCUCCCCCAUUAUCAGAGGCUUCAUGUGAAUAUAGAUGUCAGACUGCUGUGCUGUUCUGCUGCCUCUUGCUCUGUGAGUACUACUAACCAACACGGCCUUCCCUUCAGUUUAGGCCGUGUUUCUACUAUAAGCUAAUGCCAUAUCAGUGAAUAUGCACUAGUGUUGCCUCCAUGCAGAGCUGUGCUGGGGAUCGUGUGAUGAUGAGUGACUGAGUGAUCGUCCAUAGGCUGUCUGCUUCGUGCAUUCUCCUCAAAUACCUAAAAAAAAUCAAGAAUAUAAAUGAUUUAGUAAUUCUUUUAUUAUUAUGAUUAUUGAUGGGAACUGCUUUAGCGGCAGAUAGUCAGAAUACCUCCCACCUGCAGCCAUCAUUCACUUCUUUUUAGCAUUUCAAUUCAUAUAUUUGGACAGAAAUGGAGCGGGUAACCUUGACACUGGUCAGGCUCCAUCAGAUUUGGGGAGAACAUAAAGAAAACAUCCUGUGGUUUGUGCUGGAGAGUGAAUGAGUUUUUGUUUGUCUGGAUGUCAAAGAGGAGUUUGUGUCAGUUAAGGAAAGACAACAGGCUUUCAUUUGUUAAUGUAAUUUCAAUUUGUUAUAGUUAAAAAGGGUGUUUUAUUUACUUACGUCAUGCAAGAGUGUUAAAGGAAUAUAAUUAAAAUAAUAUACAUGUUUAUACUAGACUGCUCUGAUGUCCUCUAACCGAAACAACCCACUCCAGAAACGUCUCUUUCUAACUCAAACUAACCCGUUCGUAGUUUAUCUACUGUACUUCCUGCUGCUUGAUGCCGUUUCCUGUUUUUAAAAUGUUGAUUGGAUGUGUAUUUUCCUAUGUUGAGAGAUUUAUUUUUAUAUGAAGUUCAGAUGCCAUAUCAGUGUAUAUGUACUGACUCAUGCCGUCAGAAACGAAUUGCCUUCUCUUCCUCCCGAUAGAGAUUUAUUUCUGUGUGAAAUGAUGUAACAUGUAACUAAUAUUUAGUUGCCAGGCCAGUGAGUCUGCACAAGUAUUGCUACAUAAAGCUGCCGACUCUGCCUGUUUUCUGUGCUUGUUCAAAUGAAAUAAAGCUAUAUUAAAUGCA